CGCGGGCGGUCCCGGAGAGCGCGCUGUUCUGCUUCCCUCCGGCCUCGGGAGUCUCCGCCAGUGACCCGAGGAGACAGCGGCCAGCGGGCACCUGUGAACUAGACAAAUCCUGCAAAAAUGUCUCUCUAUCCAUCUCUUGAAGACUUGAAGGUAGACAAAGUAAUUCAGGCUCAGACUGCCUUUUCUGCAAAUCCUGCCAACCCAGCGAUUUUGUCAGAAGCUUCUGCUCCUGUCUCUCAAGAUGGAAAUCUCUAUCCUAAACUGUAUCCAGAGCUCUCUCAGUACAUGGGCCUGAGUUUAAAUGAAGAAGAAAUACGUGCAAAUAUGGUCCUGGUCCCUGGAGCACCAGUUCAGGGGCAGUUGGUAGCAAGGCCUUCUAGUAUGAACUAUAUGGUUGCUCCUGUAACUGGUAAUGAUGUUGGAAUUCGUAGAGCAGAAAUUAAGCAAGGGAUUCGUGAAGUCAUUUUGUGUAAGGAUCAAGAUGGAAAAAUUGGACUUAGGCUUAAAUCGAUAGAUAAUGGUAUAUUUGUUCAGCUGGUCCAGGCUAAUUCUCCAGCCUCUUUGGUUGGUCUGAGAUUUGGGGACCAAGUACUCCAGAUCAAUGGUGAAAACUGUGCUGGCUGGAGCUCUGAUAAAGCACACAAGGUGCUCAAACAGGCUUUUGGAGAGAAGAUUACUAUGACCAUUCGUGACAGGCCCUUUGAACGGACAAUCACCAUGCACAAGGAUAGCAGUGGACAUGUUGGCUUUAUCUUUAAAAAUGGAAGAAUAACAUCCAUAGUCAAAGAUAGUUCUGCAGCCAGAAAUGGUCUUCUCACAGAGCACAACAUCUGUGAAAUCAAUGGGCAGAAUGUCAUUGGAUUGAAGGACUCUCAAAUUGCAGACAUACUGUCAACAGCCGGAACUGUAGUUACCAUUACAAUCAUGCCUGCUUUUAUCUUUGAACAUAUCAUUAAACGGAUGGCGCCAAGCAUUAUGAAAAGCCUGAUGGACCACACCAUUCCUGAAGUUUAAAAGUCAUGGUAAAACAAAAAUGUAGCUGACCUUUUCCAGUUUCCUUCUUUUGCAACUUCUGUAUUACGCACAUGAAGCUUUCCCAGAGCCAGCGAGCACAUGCUGCAUGAGGACCUUCCGUUUCACAGGGCGGCUGGAAAUCCGACCGUCUCAUCUGAUAACUGUUCAGAUUUCAAGAUAGUUGUAGCCUUAUCCUGGUUUUACAGAUGUGAAACUUUCAAGAAAUUUACUGACUUUCCUAGCAUAGUUUCUCUACUGGAAAAACCUGAUGCUUUUACAAGCCAUUGUGGUUAGGAUGACUGAUACAGGCUUAGCUUUGUGUGCGAAACAGUCGCCUUCUCCUACGUCAUGAGUAGUGCUGUUCAUGUUACUUUAGUUCUAUGGUAUAUUUGCAUUUUUAACAUGUAACCAAGUACAUUUAGAAUGAUUGCCUUUGAUAGUGUUUUUUUUUUAGUUCUGUUUAUAAGUGUGUGUAAAAUACCAAUUAAGAACACUGGUUUCAUUCCAUAUAAGCAUUAUACAGGUGUGUGUAGAUU